AUGUUCCGCAAUAACUACGACAACGAUUCCGUCACAUUCUCGCCCCAGGGCCGUAUCUUCCAGGUCGAGUAUGCACAGGAGGCGGUGAAGCAAGGUUCCGUCGUCGUUGGUGUCGUCAGCAAGACCCACCGUAACGCCGAGGAGCUCUCGUCGUACCAAAAGAAGAUCAUCCCGGUAGACUCGCACUAUGGCGUCGCUCUUGCCGGUCUCGCGUCGGAUGCCCGCGUGCUGUCCAACUUCAUGAAGCAGCAGUCGCUCGCCUCGCGCCUGACCUACGACCGCGCCAUCCCGCUGGCAGAGAUUACGUCGCGCAUCGGUGACCGGGCGCAGUCCAACACCCAGCACUACGGCAAGCGGCCCUACGGCGUGGGCCUGCUGAUUGCCGGCGUUGACCAGAAGGGCCCGCACCUGUUUGAGUUCCAGCCGUCGGGCGUGACGCAGGAGAUGGCAGCGUGCGGCAUUGGCGCCCGUAGCCAGAUGGCGCGGACGUACCUCGAGCGCAACCUCGACGAGUUCGAGGGCUCGUCUCGCGAGGAGCUGAUCAAGCACGCCCUGCGCGCCCUGAAGGAGAGCUUGAGCCAGGACAAGGAGCUGACAGUUGACAACACGAGCAUAGGAGUUGCUGGCGUGGGCGAGAACUUUAAGUUGUACGAGGGCUCGGCCAUCACCAACUGGCUGGAGACUACUUUCGAGAAUAGGGAAGGUGGUUCGGAGGGCAUGGAGGUCGACACAUAG